AUGCUUGCAUCAUCAAACCAAUUUGAAAUGGUCUGUGUUACAACCAUCAAAUCAUUAAUUAAUUUAAAAUUUAGAAAGCAUUUUGAAGUGGGGGAAACAACUAACGACGGACAAUAUAAUCGGCUGUUUGAAUUUCAAGCAACAAAAGAAAAAUGUAACAAUAAUAUUCACUGGGCUCGUUGCCAGGCUGAGAAAGCUGUGUUCUGUUGUCUUCCCAGAUGCACUGCUCCUCAGACUUGGGUAACUGCGUUUCUCCAUCUCCAGGCUCAGCUCAUCACUGAGACUUCUCAGUCUGAGGAGAGAAGGUUCAGAGCUGGGAAUUUGAAUUUGGUCUGUUUUUCUCCAUUUUUUUCCUUCUGCUUCAUUUUUUUUUCUUUUUUUUCCUUCUCUUUUUUCUUUUUUUUCUCCACUUUUUCUCUUUUUUUUCCCCCUUUUCUUUCCUUUUUCUUUUUUCUUUCUCCCCUUUUCUUUCUUUUUUCUUUCUCCCCUUUUCUUUCUUUUUUCUUUCUCCCCUUUUCUUUCUUUUUUCUUUCUCCCCUUUUCUUUCUUUUUUCUUUCUCCCCUUUUCUUUCUUUUUUCUUUCUCCCCUUUUCUUUCUUUUUUCUUUCUCCCCUUUUCUUUCUUUUUUCUUUCUCCCCUUUUUUUCUCUUUUUCUUUCUCCCCUUUUUUUUCUCUUUUUGUUUCUACCUUUUUUUUCUUUUUUUGUUUCUUCCCUUUUUUCUUUUUUUGUUUCUUCCCUUUUUUCUUUUUUUGUUUCUUCCCUUUUUUCUUUUUUUGUUUCUCCCCUUUUUUCUUUUUUUUGUUUCUCCCCUUUUCUUUCUUUUUUUGUUUCUCCCCUUUUCUUUCUUUUUUUCUUUCUCCCCUUUCUUCUUUCUUUUUUUCUUUCUCCCCUUUCUUCUUUCUUUUUUCUUUCUCCCCUUUCUUCUUUCUUUUUUCUUUCUCCCCUUUCUUCUUUCUUUUUUUCUUUUUCCUCCUUUUUCUUUCUUUUUUUCUUUUUCCUCCUUUUUCUUUCUUUUUUUCUUUUUCCUCCUUUUUCUUUCUUUUUUUCUUUUUCCUCCUUUUUCUUUCUUUUUUUCUUUUUCCUCCUUUUUCUUUCUUUUUUUCUUUUUCCUCCUUUUUCUUUCUUUUUUUCUUUUUCCUCCUUUUUCUUUCUUUUUUUUUUCCUCCUUUUUUCUUUUUUUUUUUUUUCCUCCUUUUUCUUUCUUUUUUCUUUUUCCUCCUUUUUUUUUUUUUUUCUUUUCCUCCUUUUUCUUUCUUUUUUCUUUUCCUCCUUUUUCUUUCUUUUUUUCUUUUUCCUCCUUUUUCUUUCUUUUUUUCUUUUUUCUUCUUUCUCCUGUUUGUUUUCCCUCCUACAGAAAUUUUAUCUUUUGUAGGUGUUGCAUGAAUUUAUGA